UUGGUAUAGUACAGGUCUGUAAAUUCUUUUUCGUUCCUGAUUCAUUGAUUUGAUAUUUCCUACUUAAAAGUUUACACCUCUUAAACAAACAGUAUCGUUUAAACAGUUCAACAUGACGACGGGGGAUCUACGGUCGUUAUUUCAAGCGAAACUAAAAGAAAAAACCGACCAUGAAUUCCACCCGUUGGAUUUAGAUCGCGUAAAAGACGAUAGAUACUUAAAAAGGGUCUUACAACAUACUGAAAAUGAUUUGAAACAAGCCUCAGACAUGCUGUGGGAUAUUUUCACGUGGAGGAAAGCUGUAGGAGCGAAUGACAUUAACGAAAAUAACAUAAGAAUGGAUUACGUUAAUGAAGGUAUAUUCUUCCCCCACGGACGAGACAUCGAUGGCUGCUUGUUACUUAUAAUAAAAUCUAAAAAACAUAACAAGGGUGUUAAAGAAUUUGACGAAAUUAAGAAGAUUAUAAUAUAUUGGUUCGAUCGCAUCGAACGAGAAGAGAACGGCAAUAAAGUGACCCUCUUCUUCGAUCUUGACGGAUGUGGUCUUAAUAAUAUGGAUAUGGACUUAACAAACUAUCUAAUAUCGCUAUUUAAGAGCUUCUAUCCAAAUUUCUUGAACUAUAUAAUAAUAUAUCAAAUGCCGUGGGUAAUGUCUGCAGCGUUUAAAAUUAUCAAGUCACUCCUACCAGCUAAAGGUGUUGAGAAGAUGAAAUUUGUCAAUAGAGACACUUUGAAGACUUUCGUGCCGCCUGAACACGCUUUGGAAUGCUGGGGCGGGAGUGAUAGUUACGAAUUUGAAUUUGUAACGGAAAAUCGCAGUCCUGAACAUACUCCGAAGAAGGUUACGUUUGCCGAGCAAGGCGACAAUCAUUCCCUUGGUGAAAUGCUCAGACUAAACCCUAACAAUCUUAUAAUAUUCAAAACUGAGAAUGAGGAAGUAACGGGCCAGUUUUCUAUCACGAAUAUGGAUGAAAGUCCUGUUUCAUUUAAAAUUCGAACAACGUCGCCAGAGAAAUUCCGCGUCCGACCCAGCUCUGGUAUUCUGUCACAAGGUUCCACACAAACAAUUGUUAUUGUUGUCCAGCCAGGCUUCCAAUUACGGAAUGUUAUGAAAGACAUGUUCUUAGUCAUGUCGGUACAGAUACCCAAAACCGAUUUAACUCCAAAAGAAAUAAGUGAGAUAUGGCAAAACUCUACGGGAAGUAAGAUAGACGAAUAUAGAUUGAAAUGCCAAUUUCCUGUAAAAGAUUUACCUAAAAAUGGGAGCAUGGGGGACACGAAACAUCAAGAUAAGCCAGACUCAAUUGCGAACGCCCUCAACAAUCUUCAAAUGAACUAUGAAAUACUACACAGGCAAGUAGACAGGCUAAAGGUUUACCAGUUCUUGACGAUGUUCCUGACCGCCGUAUCCGUGAUCUUGACUUAUCUUAUUUAUCAGAGCACAAACGACAAUGAAAGAUACUGUGAACGUAUCUAGCCUUUAAAUUUAGUGGUUUAUGAAGCCACUGUUAACAUUAACGCAUAUUUGUAUUGUCUAACAAUAUUUUUAUUCAUGUUGAACACAUUAAUGUUUAUUAAAUAUUGCUAUUUGAUGCAUUUAAUUGGUAAAUUACAUACUGUUAUGUAAGGUUCGGGUAUAUCAGGGGGCUUUAAGCCGCCCUCAGAACAUGUUUAAUGUAUAAUAAUAAUAAUGUAUUUAUAUUUAUUGAUUAAUAGUAGGAAUGAAUGUUUUAGGAAUAAAUUUGUAUGUUCUUAUUGAUUGAAUACGGUUUUGGGGAAUUUGAAGGCAUUUUUAAUAUUUAUUUUUAUAUAAUAAGUCUUUACCAUAUACUUGUAGUCAUCACAUUGUGUAGUACAAAGUAUGCCAUUAUAUAUUAAAUUUUUGUUUUAGAAAUGUACACAUGUCGUCAUAAUUAAUAAUGGUAAUCAAUAUAACGGUAUGUCAAUGGCCGAUCCAGGUUAAAGGGGGGCUUAAUCUCACUGACGAUAGGUUUCAGCAACAUAUACAACAAUUUAUUUUGCUUUGGGUAGAAAAUUUUGAUAAGAAUAGUUAUUAUCAAGUUUGCUUUAUAAUUAGUCAUGGAUGACUUGAACCUUUUGCCUAAUAGAGCCGCCAAUACAAUAGAUAAUACAAAUGGAAACCUUGUCGCUAAAAUAUGUCUAUACCGGGCAAACAUAGGGCAGAAGAAGUGAUUUAGGAACGGUAUGGGGAUACCAGUUAUAUAAUAUACCUAUUUAUUAACCUUAAACAACAUGUCUCCUACAUAAACAAAUAUAUGUAAAUUUUUUACAACAAAUGUCUUAUGAAAAAACUAAUGUUCACAUGCUAAUGUUUGGGAAAGUAUUAUAAUAUUCAUUUCCUAUAGCGUCUUUAAUGUAAGGGUAUGUGGAGCCCGAGCUCAGGGCUUCAAUAGUCAAGAAGCCCUCGAAAGACUACUGUACAUUUUUAUGUAUGUCUCGGAUAGGACAAAAAUCAAUUUAAAUAUAUUAUAAGUAAAUUAAGUCGAGGAUAAUAAAGAGGUUGCCUAGGGCUCCAUAUUACUGCAAGUUCUAGAGUUCCGGAAUGGGCUGAGGCCACAAAUAGAUUUUUUUUUGUAUAAUUUAAUUUGUAAAAAAAUUGACCAUGAAAAAUGUUUGUUCAGAAUGUAUUUUUUUUUAUAAUGGCAAGUAUUUAAUUUAAAUACAUUAAUUAUAUAUUGAUACACACUCAUAUGUCUCGUUUUAACAUCCGUAAUUUUAGAUUAAAAGAAAUUGUCUGUCUCUCUCAUAGUUUUUUAACUAUUGUUACGCAUGCGUGCUUAGAGGUAUGCAAUAGGAUAUAGGUAGGUGUUCUAUCACCGGAUUUGCCCUAGUUUGGUGGGCGUCCAAUGUUCGGAGCGCUUUCGGGCACGGUUUUUAUACAUUCCAAAUUAAAAAAAAAUCUCAGCGCUAUCUGCCCUUACGUCAAACUUUGUAUUUUAAAUAUGAAUAAAAAUUAUCAGAUUAUAAAAAACUAUUUCAUUGUAUAAAUAUCUAAAUUUUAAUUUUAUAAAUUAAUUUUACAACUGUUGUUUUUUCAAAUGGCAACUCUAAACUUUUUAUUGUAUUUAAAUUAAUAUGACAUUGAAGUUAUAUUAAUCGAUGUUGUUUACAAUUAACACAAAAUAUACUUGUAAUAAAAAAAUAUAUAGAUAUU